ACAAAUAUUACGAACUGUUUCCAUGCAAAUUUGUCUAUUGAAAUGUUAUGAAUAAUUUUAGAUAUAUCUAAUUUAUGAAACAUUCGUUUAUCUGUAUGCUUAGCCAGUAUUAAAAUAUAACACAUUUUAUUUAACUUUGUCAUUAUGAAGAACAUAAAGCAGGUCAUAUGUAAAAGAAAAAUAAUUAAUUUUUCUUCAUAUAGAGCAUUAAGAUUUACAAUUUUCAUUAUUAUAGAAUCGAAAUAAGCAUAACCUCAUUAAAAUGUCUUAGACUUUUAACCUAUAUUUCACUGUACAAGUAUAAACAGCCGACCUUUAUGAAUAUAUUUUAUGGUUAUUAUCAAGCAAAAAAUACUUUAUAAAUAUAAGUCAGUUGAAGCCUUACUACAAGUUGAACGUAUCAUAUCCUGCAACAGGAUGUCAGAAACUGUUUGAAAUCUCUGAUGAGCAUAAGCUGAGAAUUUUUUAUGAAAAGCGUAUGGGCGCAGAAGUAGAGGCUGAUGCUCUCGGUAACGAAUGGAAAGGAUAUGUUGUUCGUAUCUCGGGUGGCAAUGAUAAACAAGGAUUUCCUAUGAAACAGGGUGUUCUGACUAACGGGCGCGUACGUUUACUGCUCUCAAAAGGACAUUCAUGCUAUAGACCUAGACGUGAUGGUGAGCGUAAACGUAAAUCUGUUCGUGGAUGCAUUGUCGAUUCCAACCUGUCAGUACUUGCUCUCGUCAUUGUCAAAAAAGGAGAAAAGGAUAUCCCGGAUUUAACUGACAAGGAAGUACCGCGGCGUUUAGGACCCAAGAGGGCAAGCAAAAUUCGCAAGCUAUUUAAUUUAUCCAAGGAAGAUGAUGUCCGUCGAUUCGUUGUGAAACGACCAAUUCAAAAAGAGGGCAAACCACAGCGGUCGAAAGCUCCUAAAAUUCAACGUCUUAUUACCCCACUUACACUCCAGAGAAAGAGGCAUAGACUGGCUCUAAAGAGGAGGCGUUGCUUGGCCCGCAAGCAACAAGCAGCAGAAUAUGCGAAGCUGUUAGCACAACGGCAAAAGGAAGCUAAGAAUAGGCGUCAAGAAGAACUAAAACGAAGACGUAGCGCUUCUAUGCGAGAUUCCAAAUCAUCCAAUCAGUCUGCACCUACCAUUCAGAAGUAAAAGAGUGCAAUGAUACAGCCUAAUACAAUAUGAAACUAAUAAAUUGUGUAUAAAUAUGUUGUAA